AUGGCGGUGAUGAUGGACGCGGAGGGUGCUCGAUGGGGCGGUUUGGGCGGCGUAAUCGAAUUUCAGAAUACGUCUUCGAACAGGGGAUAUCAUCGUACAUGUCGAUAAACUUCGACACUCGCGUGUAUUUAAGAGGGAAAGCAUAUUAGCAGGUCCGCAUUCUUGGAGACAUCGUCGAGUAGACGUUUUCGUACGGACUGGGCCAUAGAAGAGAAGAAGAGAUUCUCAAUUGACUGAAUUUCAUUCUCGCGAAUCCCAUUUCGGGAAUCGUGCAAAGUUUCCUUUCGAAACCUCGGUGAAAUUUCGGCUAGACUGCUUAGAGAGAUUCAGGAUGUCUUGGUUAAUGAUAGAGACCGUCGCGUUGAUCGCUACCGUAUUCGUUCUGCUUUAUUAUUACUCGAAGAUAAAGUUAAGCUACUGGAAGAAAUAUGGCGUGAAGGGACCGAAGCCUCUACCGUUUUUGGGUGGCUUCAAGGAUGUGCUGCUGGGAAAAGAGUCCACCACUGACUAUUUCCAUAAGGUCUAUAACGAAUUCAAAGACGAACAGAUGAUCGGAGUCUAUGGAGGCCAUGAGCCGCUGUUGAUUUUGAAGGACCUGGAUUUGAUCAAGGACGUGCUCAUUAAAGAUUUCAGCAAGUUUGCUCAAAGAACCCACCGCUCUAUACGAGAGAUCGAGCCAUUGUCUGAGCACAUGUUCAGGCUGGACGCAGAAAGAUGGAGGCCGCUGAGGGUCAAACUUUCGCCCUUCUUUUCGUCGGGAAAGCUAAAGGAGAUGUUCAGCCUGAUAGUAGACUGUGCCAACACUUUCGAUAAUUAUCUGGAGAAAUUGGCUGAGAAGGGCGAGCCAGUCGAAUUCCAAGAGACUGCUGCGAAAUUCACCACCGAUAUGAUCGCUGCUUGUGCCUUCAGCGUCCAGUCGAACGCGUUAACAGACGAGAAUAGCCAGUUUCGCAGAAUGGGAAAGAGAGCCCUCGAUACGAAUCUUGAACAAUUCCUUACAGAUAGAUUGAGGGAGUAUCCGUUCCUAUUCAAAAUUUUCGGCCGUUUGUUCACUGAUCAUGAAGUUACCAAUUUCUUCGAGUCAUCUAUCAAGGAAGCAAUGGAUUACAGGAUUCAGAACAACAUUAACGUAAAGGACGCGGACAAUUUGUUCUUGGCAGCUCAGGCCCAACUUUUCUUCAAUGCUGGCUUCUUCAAUUCCUCGUUGACCAUCAGCAACGCUUUGUACGAACUUGCAUGGAAGCCGGAAAUUCAAGAGAAAACUCGAGAAGAAAUCCAGACUGUCUUAAAGAAAUAUGAUGGGAAGAUCACAUAUGAUUGCUUAACCGAAAUGAAAUAUCUGGCUUCGCUUAUGCUAGAAACUCUAAGAAAAUAUCCAAUACUACAAUGGCUGUCCAGAACGCCGAUGGAACCGUACACAUUCUCAGGAACGAAAGUUACUAUACCAAAAGAUCAACAGGUCUUCAUACCUAUCUACUCGAUUCAAAGAGAUCCAGAAAUCUUUCCAAAUCCAGAAGUGUUCGACCCUGACAGAUUCUCUGAGGAAAAUAUCAAGACAAGACAUUCAAUGUCUCACUUACCAUUCGGAGACGGUCCAAGACACUGUAGUGGUAUAAGAUUGGCCAAGGUACAGUUGAAAGUGGCGAUGGUCACCAUCUUGUCGAAAUACAAGGUGGAAGUAUGCGAAAAGACUCGCAAAGUAUACAAAACUGACAAGAGACCGUUGUUCCUUCUUCAACCUGCUGAUGGAAUCUACCUGAAACUGACGAAACUUGCAUCAGCCUGACAACAUUAUAAUAUUCUAACAAUAAUAAUAUUUUAAUCUUCGAUUUCUAAUAUUUGAAUUUUCAAUAACCAAUAAAUAGCAGCAAUUAUAUCCUUUUUCCAUACUUCUUUCUUCUACCUCUUUGUUUGCCAAUAGCUAUUUCUAUUCUUUACUAUACUAUUAUGAAUGUGAAAUUUUAUAAGUUUAUUUAUGAUAUAAUACUUGAUGUUAUUAAAUGUAUAAUAUUAAAUUUGAUUAAUUUAAAUAAUAAGUUAAUCUAAAUAAUAAGUCUAACUUAAUAUAUACAUAUAUCUAUAUAUCUAUAUAUCUAUAUAUGCAUUCUAUCUAACUUGCGAUUUUUUUAGAUCAUCAUAUAUUUAAUCAAAAUAGUUUCCAUAAGAUUUCAAGUGUCGGAAAUUUUUGAUACAUGAAAUUAUAUAGAGAUGACUGAACACGAAGCUGCGUCACCGAAUCAUCCAAACAUAAAUUCUAAGGUGAACUGUUCCUCAUAUUCCUUUUACUUCUCUUAUUUCGUGGCCAAUCUUUCUAGAGAAGAACAAUAUUCUUCUUUUCCCAAGCAACGUAAUGCAAUUUACUUUAUGUUCCCAAAUUUGUUAAUUCUAAAAUUCUUAAUUCCCAACUCAAAAUUGUAAUUCAGAGUAUUUUUUCAAAUCUAUUGUUUCUGAUAUAUAUUUCUAAAUUCAUAUGUUUUUCGUUGUUAUGUUUUUAAUAUAGAUAUUUGUAAAUAAGCCUUUAGUUAUACAAAUUUUAAAAAAUAUUUGUCUUUUCUUUUUAUUGAAAAUGGCAGGGUUAGAAUUAUCUUGAUGCAAAAAUAUUUUGAGCUAUCCUCUUGAAUAGAAGGAUCUACAGUGAGAUAGAUUAUAGGCAUGCAGUUUGAGUUAAAAUAAAAUUAAAGAAUAUUUAGCUUCUAUAUAACAUUUGUUAAAGAAGUACAUAGUCAUUUAAGUUAGAUUAGUCAGUUUUCAAAACAGAUUGAAAAAAAAACUCCAUAAAAAUAUUAUAAUGUUACGAAAUAAUGUAAUAAUCUUACAAUAUUGUUAUAUUUGGAAUGAUCUAUAGUUUAUAGAAUUAUUUUUUGUAAAGAAAGAAUUGUGUAACUUCUAUUUUUUUUUCAGAAUUGAAUUUCUCAAAACCUGAGAAUGAUGGAGGAAAAUAGUUUUUAUAUCUGUUUUUAUUCAACGCACGAAAAACUACAAAUGUAAACGUAACAGAAAAAAAUUAGAACGUGAAAAAAAGGAUAAAAAUUUGUUGCACGGUGUUAUCAAAAAAGUGACAAAACUACCGACAAAAUUUUUAUAUAUUUCUAUGAUUUCUAGACAACUGAAUUUUUAAAUAGUAUCUACUUUUGAAGUUCUGCAUAUUACGCUAUACAACAAAGGCUUUACCUUAAAAGCUGUCACACGAAAGUUAAACGAGCAGUCAACGAUCUGGACGACUCAUCGUGAUCUCAAUACUCACUCUGAAUUUGAUCUACUCGAUUCC